GAAAUACAACGCAAUCGAAUCGCCGACUAGUUAAAAAUAAUAAGCGUAAAACCACGCGGAAAAUAAAGAGUAAAGUCACUACAUUUUAUCGAGAUAACGUAUAUUGUCAAAGAACCCAGUGGCGGAACAUCACGCUCUUACCGGUUCCGGCAAGAAAAAGUGUGCGGUAGGAGGAAGAGAAGAAUAAGGAGAAAAUAAAAAAAGAAAGAGAAAGAAAGAAGAUUCCCUUGCAAACGAUAGAAGCCCCGGGAGAAAGAACCAAGAUUGCGAGAGCCGUGGAGAGGCAAAGAGAUAUAUGGCGCGACUGGUAGAGAGUCUUCUGGUGGCCGUCAAAGGGGCACGCAGCGUAGUCUGGCAUUGGUCUGCUCGCUAUACGCAGUGCGUGUAGCGUGCGAGGAAUCCACGACGAAGUCGGUAAUGCUGAGUCAGUCAGGUGCCGCGGCGCCUUACAUUGCUUGGAAGUAGUCGGUGUUCUCGCGUAACAGAGAAAAAGAAUCGGGGGAAUAUACAAUAUGGAAGCUGAAGUAUGUUAAAAGAUUACAGAAUAAAGAGAAAAAAAUUAAUACGAAUGUAAAAAGAACAAGUAUAAGAGGAAAGAACGAUGAGAUAGAGCAAGGAGAGACAAGAGAGACAAAAGCGGAAUAAAACGGAGAGAAAGACGAAAUGCUACUGUGGGGGAAGAGGUAGAGCGGGGCGCUUGCUGGUUCGCUCCCCGGUGAUGAGGUACGGUCGAUAUGGCAACGCCGCGCCCUGCCACACGCAUACCGGCAUCACCGCCCGCCCAAGCAUCGAACAGUCGGCAACGUCGCUUCGGCAACACGCGGGGGAGAUGGCAGUCAAGCUCUCACACAUCGAACGACGAGGAGAGCGACCUCAUGCCCUGCACACAUGUGCAAGCCGGGGACACUGAAGAGACUGAGAUGCCUGGUGAAUACUAGAAACGAGUGGGCAUCGUUAUGCGAACAAUUCCAUCUACCCAACGGCUGCGUGAACAGCGGGGUUGGCCUUAAACAAAUUUACCUUAGGUAUUUGGACAGAUAUGAAAAAGUACAUUUUCUGGGAGAAGAUGGCCAACAAGCUGACGACGAUGACGAGGAUUCCAGACACAGAAAAUGGUCUGCUAGGGCAUUACACUCUGUUCCUCUUACUUAUAAUCAUCAUCAACACAAUGUCGCAGAAUCUCUCCGUGAAUACAACGGCCUCUCGUCCGAUCUUUAUAAGCCAUCCAACUACGAUAAACUCGCGCUAUCUCUUCUCUCGCCACUUCCCAACGAGCAAGACUUCGCCAUCAAUGUCUGCACGUUGCUAUCGAACGAGGGCAAGCAUAUCCUACGCCUCGACAAGUAUCCCCGUCUCGUGAACAUACUGUUGGCGCACGCCGGUGUCUUCGAUUCGCCUGGAACGCGGCAGCUCUUCAUCGAGGUUUAUUCCCGCGUGAGGAAUUAUUCCAUCAACUCAUUCUGGUCGGACGUCCUCGACUCGCAGGACGUGAUAGAUCUUACGAAUGAAAGGACGUUCAUGAAGAAACCGACCACAGCCAGCCCCCAGACCUUCUCCAGGCGGAAAAUAUUGGAGAGGGAGAAACAGAACAAAAGCGCCGCGUCCACGGAGAACGGAGAUGAGGCGUCAACGUCGAUGGAAGUCGACGGGGUGAUGCCAGACUGUUCGAGGUUAGAUCCAAUUGGAUCUCAUCAAGAUGAAACUUUAAGAGAUCAAAAUCAAAACUCCAUAAAAUUUGAAGAGGAAGAUAAAGAUUUGUUUUGUGUUGGACGAACAUUGGGGACGCAGGAUCCUUAUGGGCAACGUGUGCUGCAAAUAGCAUCUAUUUUACGGAAUUUAAGUUUUACUCCAGAAAACGCUGCUGUAUUAGGGAGGAAUAGGUGUUUCUUGAGAUUCGUAUUACUCUGUGUAAGAGCGAGGUGGAGUAAUCUGCACCAGCUUGGUUUUGAUAUAUUAGGGAACAUAGCAAAUGAAAUAGUCUUAAAGGAAGCUGGCGAAAGGAUAACAGAUGUUGUAUUGUCAUGUGUGGCGAAGGGAAUUGAAUCCCAAGACAGGUUCAUUGUUAUUUCCUGCUUGGAGGUGCUUAAUAAAAUUAGCCAACAAGACAGCAAUGAAGAAAUCGUUACGUUUGGAUUAGAAGAUAAUGUAUAUGAACUAAUAUGCAGAUUUUUAGCUCUGAACGACAUAGCUCUUUUAGUAUAUACCUUGGAAUGCUUGUACGCGUUGACUUCGUUAGGUGAAAGGCCAUGUACUAGCGUCGCGCGGGUACGCGGAGCUAUCGACACAUUAGUUGCUCUUGUUACUGUAGAAGCGCAGAGUUAUGGGCCGAAAGCUUGUAUUUUGAUGAGAGUUAUCGAAACAGUGUCCACGGUAGCACCACCACCGAACGCUACUCAGAAUACUACUCCUGUCACAGCUACUGCGCCAGCAGUAACAGUGUCCUCCUCUGUGCCAACAACUCCAGCUACAGUUACUGCGACGCCAGCUCCUGUAAGCCCAGCACCUUCGCGACCAACGACUCCAGCUGCAAUUACGACAAAAUCUACUACGCACAAAGCAGUUGAGACGAAUAAUUCGCUUCAGCAACAACAUGCACAUCAACAAAUCAUUCAAGAGAACGAGCAAUUUGCUUUGAGUUGGUUAAGAGCUACUUUCGAACCAGCACAGGGAAUCCGUAUAGAGCAAGAAGAAUUAUACAAGAAAUAUCUUGGUUGCUGCACAAAGAUUGGUAGAAGAGGUGUUAUUGCUCCACUUCAUUUUCCUAGAUGCGUUAGAUCUGUAUUUGGUGGAAGCGUCGGACCAAAUCCAUUGAAAGGUGAAACAAGUGGUACUCAGUAUUACGAAGGAAUCCGAGUACGGGCCACAUCUCCCCAAGUAACUUAUCCGAGCCAAACUGCAGUUGGGACUAACACAGCUCCAAUUCCAGCAGCCAACGCAACGCCAGUAAAGGUGCUUCCCGUACAACAGCGUACAAUCAAGAGUAUAAGUCCUGCUCCUGAUAGCACGGCCCUAGACAAUCCUGCAUCUGGGCCUCCAAGAACCCCUGCCCCAGCAUCGCCUAUCCUUAAAGCCCAAUUGUCUGCUCCACCAAAACCACCAUCCAGUAUCUCGAACACUGCAACUCAAUCCCAAAAUCCAGUCACCAAGGUUGAUUCUAAAAGUCAGGUGUCAGUAUCACAUCCUCACCUGAGUCAAGCAUUGCUGUCAAGUGGCUCUCAAACACAACCACAACAACAAGUACAACAAGUACAGCAACAAUGUCAAACUGUCCAGAUAGUUGCAAAGGAAGAUAAUCGAAGUGGUACUACAUCCAGUUCCAUAAUAAAAAGCCUUCUGGCUACUAAGGUAACGGUUAGCAGCGACUGCAUGCCCAGUACUGCUGCGACUUGUGUGUCUACCCCUACUGCCUGUGUAACAAACACUACUGCUAGCAUCGCAUCCAGCAUCAGUGCCAACCAGCUAAUAACCAGCAACCAGGUUGCGCAACGGCAACAACAACAAAGGCUAUUACAACAGCAAUUAACUAAUAUAUCGCAACCAGCUGCAACUACAACUUUAACUGCAAUACUCCCAAAGACACCUGUCAACUCAAAGCAAAAGCCAACUAUCACACCCAUUCCUGCCAAAAAAAUACAAAGGCUCAAUGGAGCUAAAUUUAUUAUGACUAAUAAUUGUGACAAGACUGAAGUAAAUGAUAAUGAAAAUGUCAACCAAAUACCAACAUCAACAACUUCUUCCACAAUGGUUUUAAAUUCAACCGAAAAUCACAUAUCGUCAAACAUUAAAGUAUGUCGGCCUCCAGCAACAACUAUAACUACAGCAAACAAAGCUAUUCAACGUUCAACUUGUACAUCAAUAGCUGAGGAUUCGGAUUCGACUAAUAAUUCUUUAGCAUCCAGUAGUGGUAUUGGUGGUAGUAGGGACUGUUCUGGUGUCGGUAUAGAAGAAGAUAAUUCUUUGACAAGUUUCGAAGGAAUUCUGUUAAAUGGUGCACCAAGUAAUAUGGAUAUCGAUGCUCAAGAAGAUUCAUCAAAAGAUUCAUCUAGUAUAACGUCUAAAGAGAAACCUCUGCAAAGUAUGAUGCUUGCAGAUUUAUUAGAACGGAAAGUUGACAAAGAGCCUAUUUUGAAUGGUGUUUUAGGAAAAAAUUCGAUUAAUGAAAAAGGAAUGGACUUAGUGGAAAAUCACAUUAAGAAAGUAUUAAAAGAAUCUCCUACAGACAUUAAAAUAAAAACCGAAGUAGAAGAAGGUAAUGUUAUACAGACAGAAGUUUCUGAAGAUACUUUAAUUGAAGCACCUAGAGGAAUAAAAAGAGCUGCCAGUGAGUCGGAUGAAGUGGAUGUAAAAAAAGUAAAAUAUUCUAAUGGUACUAUGUCACCUGAUCCUGCUGUUGAUUCGACCACUGCUGAAUCCACUGUCUCGAGUAUAAAAUCUGAGGAACAGGAUGAUGAUAAGGAUAGUGAGAAAGCAACCGUAUCUUCUACAGCCGCAAAUCUUUACGCAGCUCUGGCUGCAGAUUGUAUAGAAGACGAAAUUGACCUUGAUGAAAAUGUUACUGUAAAUGUUCAGGAAGAAACCACUACUACAAUAAAAGAAGAACCUCAUAUAUUUGUCAAUCAAAUUAAUCAACAACCAUCUCAACAACAAUCGCAACCGACACCACAGCAACAGCCACAGCAACCGCCGCCGCAACCGCAACAACUGCAACCUCAAAUACAGCAACAACCACAAUCUCAUCCUCAACAACAACCUCAACAACAACUUAUUGUCGCAGCACCUAGGCAAAUAGUAGUGCAACAAACAAUACAAUCGAAUAAUCAAGUUCUUAUUCCAACUAGUGCAGUGAAAGGAAGGCAAGCGCAACCUCAACCACAAGUUUUAUUGCAACAAGGAGCAGGAGGUCAAUUACAGUAUGUUGUUUCUGGUGGCGUCCCUGGUCAAAAUUACGUUUUAGCUCAACCACAAACAACGUUGGUUCAAGGUCAAGCGCAGACUGUGUUAGUAGCUCAAACAACACAACAGCAGGGAACAGGUGCAAAAACGAUAAUUAUUUUGCAAUCUCAAGCAGCUGCCCAACCAACUCAGCAAAAAAUGGUGGCCGUCACUCCUCAGGGACAGCAGGUUGUCGUUACGCAAGUUUCACGUCCUAUCUUGCAGAGUCCAGCGCUCGGCAAUAUACCUCCACCUUUGGUUCCAACGUCUGGCACAAUUCCACAAACUUCGAUAAUAGUGAACAGUUCUGUAGCACAAACAAAUCCAAAUACAGUGACCGUUACAAUUCCCGCGAUGACUCAACAAACACCAGUGUCAACGAGUGUGCCAUCAAGAGUGGUAACACCAACACCAGCCUCUACUCCACCGCCUACUAGACCCACUACACCUCAUCAGGCGGCAGCAACGCAUGGAUUACCGACAAAACAACCUGCUAAAGUAAUAAAGACUGUCAGUUCUUCAACCUCUACUGAACCAGAAUCUAAGCCAUCUACGAGCCAGAAUCAACCAGAAAAAACUAUUACAAUAAAAAUUGAUCCUAAUGCGUAUUUAUGUGAAUGGCGAGGUUGUUUAAGGCAAUUUAAAACACCACAUGAAGUUUAUCUUCAUGUAUGCGAAACACAUUGUCCAUCUGGUGGGGAAGAAAUAUUAUGUCUUUGGGCAAGCUGUGAUGCUUUGAAAAGACGAAGAUUUUCAUUGAUGACACAUUUGUAUGAUAGGCAUUGUAAUGCGGAAACAAUGUCGAUAAGAAGGAAACAAUUAACGGUAACAGGUAAAACCGAAGUUUCUACAUCGACACCGCCAACUCCUCAUCACCCUGGAUAUGCACCGAAUGCAGCAUUCCAUGCUAUUAAACGGCACGCUUUGGAGUUUGUAAAUCCAAAGGAGUUAAUGCAAAGGCCGACCAAGCCCGCUGCAGCCACUUCAAGCUCUUCUUCUCCCAGACCUGGGCAAAAUCCUCCACCAGAACAGGAUGACAACGAAGGUCCUGUGACCAAAAGUAUUCGCUUGACAGCAGCUCUUAUUCUUAGAAACCUAGUCAUAUAUUCAACACAUGGCAGAAGACAUCUUAGAGCGUACGAACCACAUUUGGCAGGAGUCGCAUUAAGUAAUGUCGAAUCAUCAAGAACAAUCGCACAAGUUCUGUAUGAUAUGAAUGAUCAAAGCAGCAGUAACCAUAGGUGACCUCUUGAACCAGGCCUCUAAAAGAAAGCUUUUUCAUCCUGCGAACAGCGAUCAAUUCGUUUAUUUUGAAUUUUAGUGUAAAGUGAAAGAACAAAAGAAUGAUAAAAAAGUUGGCAAAAAGUUUGCAAUUGCAAAAAAAAAUGUGCUUGUGCAUUAUAAGAAAAAAAAAAAAAGAAAGAUGUGAACAGUAAAGAAGAUGUACUACAAGAAAAGAAGAUACGGCAAUGUUCCAUAAUUAUUAUAAAGAGGCCUAUACACUUACGAGGCAAGUCGAUUUGCCGAUUUAGACUAUAAUAAUGUACUGUAACUAGUUAACACGAACGAAAGACAGUAGUUGAAGUGAUUACAGAUCAGUGAUAAAAAAAAAAAAGUAAAACAAGAUAAUAUUUCAAAUUUAAUAUUAAUAUUUAUUUUCUCAACAAGAAGCGGAAGAAAUGUUUUUAGUAAUCGUGUACAAAAAAUGAAGGGCGAAAAAAUACUUUAUGGACGUUAUAGUUAAUUACAAUCAAUAUUAUAUUAUUAUUAUAUUAUAUUAUAUUAUUAAUUAUUAUUAUUAAUAUUAUUAUUGUAUGUUUUUCAUAAGUCAACCACAAGAAAACCUAGAAUGUAAAAAAAAAAAUCUUUUUAUGAAAUGUAUUUGUUAGGAAUUUAUGAUUUUGCUUAUAUAAUUGCAUAUUGCAAUUACAUGGCUAUAUUAUCGUCUCUCUUUUGUUUUAUUAUCGAGUAAUCUUAUUUUGUCAAGAUAAUGUUGGUAAGGUAUCGCACAUAACGUGAUGAUAAUAGCAUAUUCCGGCCCAAAUCUAUCAUGUAAAAAAAAAAAAUUUAAGAAUUUCUUCUGCUUUAAAUCGGUUUUAGCUCGGGGAUUUCUAACAGUUCGUUCAAAUUCUAAUCUAACUUUAAAUCAAGAGAUAUUAGUAACUAAUUUUAUUUCUUCGGGCAAACUAAGCGUGUCGUGUUGAAUCAUCUCCUCAAUCUUAUUAUUAUCUUAUUAUAUUAACGUAAUCUGGUUUGUGUGAAUUGUAUAACUUUGAGAAAGCAUCGAUAACGAGAAGCAUCUAUAAAAUGCUACACCCACUUCGCUCCGAUCGAGUCACAGAUCAAUUAUUGCUUCCGAGUUGUCCAUAUAUUAUAGAUACAGGUGUAAGUAUAUUUAUACUUGAAACUUAGAAAGGCCUAAAUGUUCUUAAAGCCAGUGUUUCUUAAAUUUUCAGCAUUAAAAAAAAUGGAUGGAUAAGAAGAAAUUAAAAAAAAAAACAUUUUCUGAAGGCAAUUCUUUGCCAAUAUUUAAAAACUUUUUUAAAUAAUUUAUAAUAAGGAUUAAUGGAAAGAGUGAUAAUAGAAAAGUUCAUGUAGCAAUUUUAUGUUAAUUUUGAGUGCAUUAGAUUGGGCAUAGCAGAACAAACGUUAUUUUAUAUAUUUAUUUUUUUUAUAAAAAUUCAUUAGUUAGGACAUGAAAUAUAUAAAAAUUUCAGUAA